CUGAGCUGAGUGAUAUCGUGAAGGCUUUUCUGUGGUCUUCCAGUCCUCACCACGCCAAAGGGAAGCCUGCCUUAAGGCAGGACCGCCCCUUCCACAGCCCCCACCCACGUCUGCUGCCACUCCACUCCCUUCCCUUCCUUCCCGCUGACCCUCCUUUCCCACUUGAAGGGCGACCAGAAGCCACCUGGGCAGGAUGGGGCCUCUCCACAUCCUCUUCCACAAAACUGUCUCAGGAAGCCAGAGACAGUCCUCCCAAAACGGUAAUGGGACCUGUGAAGCCCAAGCAGCUACUCCUUUCCUCGCACAAGCCCAGCUGGGGCCACGCUGCUUUCCCACACUGCCAACGGCUGUCCCUUUCCGGGAGGACAGCCGUAGCUACGCCAGGAGAAGGAAGCGAUGUGCCCGGUCACCUUGCCAGGGCAAUGGUAUCUGGAGGAAACCCCACCGUAUCAGGAAGCCGUCCUGAAAUGUUACUGGCAGCCCUUCAGCAAGGCCCAGACCCUGACACUCGUAUGCCUAGACCAGAAUCCACUCACCCACACUGUCUUCAGCAUUUCCAGCUACAUGGCCUUCCCUCUGAUACCCCAAACACACCACCCUAAAAUUACCAUUACCCUGUUCAAAGGUGCAAUAGCACAAACCCUACACUAGUUCUAAAACAGUGGCAGCUGAGGCUAUUGACUAGUCACAGUCUUCCCUUUAAAAGAUGAACAGGAAAUUGCUAAGUAUAACAGAAUAAUCACCAACUGCAAAGUGGAAGGUAGGUGGCUAAGAAAGUGUUUGGAAUCACAAUAUCUUGCUGCUAAAUUUUAAAAAUAAAUGUCAGCAAAGCUAGUGAAGUGUACAUAGGUCCUAAUUAAAUUGUCAAAGUUCCCCCCAAAUGCAUAGCAAAAAAUUACAUAUAAAAGUCAGGGUUGACUGAUUCAGGAGGAAUGAUUAAGGAGAGAAAAAAAUCCACAAAUAUCUAAGAUAGAGAACGGGGAGCAAUGAGUGUCAGAACAUUGCUGACACAAUUCCCAGUGAUGAACACCAAUCUGAGAAAACAUUUUCUAACAUGGGAAUGGAUUAAAAAAAUAGAAGAUCGAGUCAAUAUUGAAGAGACUUUCAGACUGUAUCUUGGCUUACAUAAUAGUGGCCACUAAAUUAUAAGUGAGGGCAGGGUGGUUAAAAAUAGUUCCUCGAAGAAAUAAAUCAAAUGGAAUGUUACAAAACGUUCUAGAAUAGAGAAACAGCAUGGAAGAAAUCAUAGAUACAUAAAAUAUCAUGAUUCUUUCAAGUAACUCUAUAUUCAUUUUAUUCUGUCCUAGAAAUUCUGUGGUAGAUUCUGUGUCUACCUUUGCUUUUGACUAAAUAUUAUAAUUCCUAAGGCUAUUAAUAAGAAUAGAAAAUUUUAUUCUACAAUACCAAGACUUCUCUAUUAGAGCCAGAGAAUCUUGGAUGACUUCUGGGAGUCUGAGCAGCUGAGGCUCAACCUUCUGCCAUCCAUUGAUACCCAGGUAUGAGUUUUCCACAUACAUUUCAAAGAUAGAGAUGACAUGUAUAUCAUCAAGUAUUUUACUACAUAUCAUGUACGUGGGCAUACAAAUACCAUGAAUGAUGGAGUUUAAGCCAUAAUCAUGGCCUAAGAUAAUAACCACUUCACUUUGGCCUAGAGGAGCACUACACACACACACAUACACACACACACACACACACACACACACACGCAGAAAUACAUAAACACAUGAACACACAAUUGAAAGCACAGAGAAACUCUCUCGGAACAAACUGAAAAUCAAAUGACGACAGAAUAAUUCUGAUAUCUGUGCUGGUUGCUUGGACACUGCCUUCAAAACUUUUGCCCAAGUCACAUGCUGUACCUUUUAGAAAUUACACACUAACAACAUCUUAUCCACUCCAUCCUGUUGGGCAAAGUCCCAGCUCUAAACUUGUCUAUCAGGUGAGGAGGUCUGUCCUGUAUGGAGCUCAAAGAUACCAUUGUUCUGCUGGUCUUUAUAAAGGAAGCUGCCUGGAUUCUCCCAGGACGGAGCUGAGAACAACUGCAGCGCUUCCUCCAAGAUGCUACUGAUCCUGCUCUCAGUGGCCUUGCUGGCCCUGAGCUCAGCGCAGGGCCCUUUUUUUGGCAGCAAUGAAGGACCUCCCUACCCCCUAUCAGAUUUAGACAACUCAAACUCAGAUGAGGUGUUUCCAAGACCACCUCCUGGAGGACCACCACCCAGACCCCCUCCUAAUGGUGAAAACCAGAGUGAUGAAUCUCAGCAAAGACCUCCCCCACAAGGUGAUGGACCCCAGCAGAGACCACCCCCACAAGGUGACAAACCUCAGCAAGGACCACCCCCACAAGGUGGCAGACCCCAGCAGAGGCCACCCCCACAAGGUGACAAACCUCAGCAAGGACCACCCUCACAAGGUGACGGACCCCAGCAGAGGCCACCCCCACAAGGCGACGGACCUCAGCAAGGACCACCCCCACAAGGCGACGAACCUCAGCAAGGACCACCCCCACAAGGCGACGAACCUCAGCAAGGACCACCCCCACAAGGCGACGAACCUCAGCAAAGACCAUCCUCACAAGGCGAUGGACCUCAGCAAGGACCAUCCCCACAAGGCGACGAACCUCAGCAAGGACCACCCCCACAAGGCGAUGAACCUCAGCAAGGACCACCCCCACAAGGUGACGAACCUCAGCAAGGACCGCCCCCACAAGGCAAUGAACCUCAGCAAGGACCGCCCUCACAAGACGACGAACCUCAGCAAGGACCGCCCCCACAAGGCGACGGACCCCAGCAAGGACCGCCCCCACAAGGCGACGGACCCCAGCAAGGACCACCCCCACAAGGCGACGGACCCCAGCAGAGACCGCCCCCACCGGGUGACGGACCCCAGCAGAGACCGCCCCCACAGGGUGACGGACCUCAGCAAGGACCGCCCCCACAAGGUGACGGACCCCAGCGGAGACCGCACCCACAAGGUGACGGACCCCAGCGGAGACCGCCCCCACAAGGUGAUGGACCUCAGCGGAGACCACCCCCUCCAAGAGGACAUCGUGUUCGCCGUUCUCCCCCACCUCCUCCUGGAGAACCCCAGGGACCACCGCCUCCAGGCCGGAGACCACAAAGACCUCCCCAAGGCCCACCUCCCCAGGGCCCACCACCCCAGUAAUCUGGAAUUCAAUGACAGGUAUGAUCAAGCUCAUCUUCUCUCAAAGGUCCUAAGUAGUACAGGUCUCAAACUUCAGUGUACUACUGAUUCACCUGGAGAUGAUGAAAUUGCACAAUCUUGGACCCCAAUUCUAAAGAUUUAUAUUCAGAUAUUCUGAAAUAGAGUCGCAAUACCUUGUAUUUUUAAUAUGCUAUCCAAGGUGAUUCUUCAUUUUGAGAAACAUAGCCCCCACCUUGUUCUCAAUAUUACCUGUCUUAAAGUGGGCUGUUAAUGAGCAAGUAGAGUAGUGCUCUGCCUUGGUUUCUCCUCUCCUCCUCUUCAGGCACAGUGACUUCCUAUCUCAAGUUUCCACUUGACCAGGCCUUUCAGGUCAGUGUCCGUGCUAAACGAUACUUUAACUUUUAUGCUGCUAAAUUUAUCUUGCUUUUAAAAUAGUGACUUUUGAAUUAAUAUAUGCUCCAAGAGGGAAAAUAGCUAAAGUGAAAAGUAUGAGGCUAACUUAUAGGCAUUCACAUCCCACCUCCCCAGUUCCUUCCCCCAAAGCCACCACAGUUAACACUUUUGAACAUCCUUUGGAAACAUUUAUGCCUUUAUAAAUGUAUAAAUUCUUUUUUAUCCACAAGUGAUACUUUAUUUGCAGAUCUAUGUAUUUCUCAUUUCAAAUAACUUAUUUCUUACCACAGAGGAUCUAUGUAGAUCUAAAUGGUCCUAGCUUUGUUUUCUUUUUAAUUGUAUCCUAUUCCAUUGUCUGGCUGUGCUGUAUCAAUGGACAUUUAGGAUGGUUUCAGUUUUCUGCUAUUAUGAAAUAGACUGCAGUAACCAUGUUUGUAUAUUUAUCUUUGAACACUUUAAAUAAUUAUGAGAUAAACAACCUAAGAAGGAUCUUUUUUAUUCAUCUUGUAAGCAACAAUUUAGAACCCAUUAUCUAUAAGGUUCAUAAAAAUUAUAAACCAAAAAAAUUUGGAAUGGAACAGGACAGAGAGGAGGAAGAGAGGGAGAAAAAAUGGGCUCUCACCUGCUUCCAUUCAGGAAGAUUCUGUUAUCUGCUGGGAAGAGAUAACCACCUGCCAAGCCUCUCCAUACUUUCUUUUUUAUUUUUCAGAAAAUGAAUAUGAAGAUACCAGUUCUUCAGAAAGCCCUGACAUUGGACCAUGGCAGUCUAUCUUCAAUUUACCAAUAAAAUAAUUUGCAAAUUUGCAUCCAA